AUGAGUGGCAGUGAUAGUAAAGAUCGUUUAUAUGAUGUUUUGGGGGUGACGAGAGAGGCAAGCGUACAAGAAAUCAAGACGGCUUAUAGGAAGCUUGCCCUGAAGCAUCAUCCAGACAAGUCUGUGGAUCAGGACUCCAAGGAGGUGAACGAGAUCAAGUUUAAAGAGAUUACUGCAGCCUACGAUAUCUUGAGUGAUCCGGAGAAGAAGUCGCAUUAUGACUUGUAUGGUGAUGAUAAUGGCACCGGUGGUGGUGGCGGUGAUGAGUUUGGAGAUGACGAUUUUAUGAAUUUCUUUAAUAACUUCUUCAACAAUGGGGCCCAUGAGGGAAACGAUUUUUCUCAUGAGCAGGAGAUGUACGAGGAAGACGGAACUGCGAGCUCCAAGAAUAUCGACAUUAAUUUAUCUUUUACGAUGACAGAUUUAUAUAUGGGUAAGAAGUUGAAGUUUGAUUUAAAGAGACAGAUUAUAUGUGGCAAGUGCCAAGGGUCUGGUUGGAAAGCAAAGAAGAAAAUACAUGUUACGCACGAAAUGGAAUGUGAAUCCUGCAGCGGGAAAGGUUCCAAAGAGCGUCUCAAGAGGUUUGGCCCCGGUUUGGUAGCAUCACAGUGGGUCGUGUGUGAGAAAUGUCACGGCAAGGGGAAGUACAUGAAAAGGCCCAAGAACCCUAAGAACUUCUGCCCUGAUUGUGAAAGUGUGGGGCUUCAAUCUAAGAAGGAAGUCAUCACUGUAAAUGUGCCACCGGGCCACCAUUUCAACGAUGUUAUCAUCGUUAAGGGAAUGGCAGACGAAGAAAUCGACAAGGCUGUCUGCGGAGACUUGAUCUUUCAUCUCGUUGAGAAGCAAGAGGACCUGCAACAGAAGCAAAUCUUGAUGAAGAUGUUCGGCGACGAAAACCUGCAAGAUUUAUACGUAAGCAUUACGGUAUCACUAAGUGAGGCGUUGACAGGUUUUGAAAAGUUUCUAACAAGAACGUUCGACAACAGAUUGCUAACGUUGAGCAUUAAACCGGGGAAAGUCAUAAGACCUGGCGAUAUCAUUAAAAUCACCAGCGAAGGUUGGCCCAUCCUGGACAACCCUCGUGGCCAAUGCGGCGAUCUGUACGUUUUCGUGGAUAUCGAAUUCCCUCCAGAUAAUUGGUUCAAUGAAAAAUCAGAGCUACUUGCAAUAAAGACGCACCUACCGUCGUCAUCAUCUCGCCCCUCCAACAUCACUGCAAAUACCGGGAGCGACAACAGUCCGAUUAACAACGAAACCGUAUCGAACUUCCAGAUCAUCCACACAGAUGAUCUUCCUGAAGGAAUGAAGGCGUUCAAUCCCAAACCGCAAGCCUCAGCGCACCAGAAAGCAAGCAGUUCGUACUGCCCCAUGCAAUGA